ACUUAUCGACUUAUCAGUGUCCACACGACUCGUCGCCUUAUCGGUCACGACUCACGUGUGUGCUGCGUUUCUUCUCACGAGCAGCUGCAGCUGCACACCGCUAGCUUUAGUGCUGCUGCAGCUUCACUACAACUAGUACGAGUGUAGUCGUUCGCUCCAACAGUGCCGAAGUCACAGUCGUGAUCGUCUGUACGUCGAGACAACAAAAAAUCACCUUAAGACCGUCCACACGAAUUCGUCGUCAGAAGUCCAGUGCGCCAUGACGUCGCCGUCAUCCGAACAGCAGCUGCACGCCGUCCCCCUGGUGCAGAAAUUCAACGCGGAGGCAUUAGAAUUAAAUUCUUCAUUAGAGCAAAAAUGGAAAAAUUUCAAAAAGGAAUAUGAAGAAUUACAUACAUGCUUGGAAGAAUUUCCCAAACAAUUGUCUGUUCCAAUAUUGAUGCCACUUGGACCAAAAGUGUUUGUACGUGCACAACUAUGUAACACUAAUGAAGUAUUUAUUAGAUACAAUGAAGUUUUUACUAAACAGAGUGCUUAUGAUGCUAGAGCUGCCUGCAAAAGGCAAAUCAAUAGGUGUGAUGAUAUGCUUGAAAAUUUAAGAAAAGAAAAAGAACUAUUCGUAGAUAAUAUUUGUGCUAGACAGGAAGUUGUUGAUGUUCCAGAAAAAUUAGUAGAAAUAAAUGAACCUUAUGAUGAAGCAGAAGAGGCAGCUUGGAAUGAAAUCCAUAAACAGAAGGUAAAAGAAUAUAAAAAACGUUUAGCUGAAGAAAAACAGCAACAGGAAUUAGAGCAACGUCAAAAAAUAUUAGAUGAAUUCAAAUCGGUAGGGUUUGAUGACAAACUCAGUGGAUUGAAUAGACCAACAUUGUUUAUUGCAUCUAAAGUACAUUAUACACUUAUGAAUGGGGAAGACAGUGGUAGUGAAAAUUGUGACGAGGAUGACGAUGAUGACUAUGAUGAUGAAGAAGAAGAUGAUGACGAUGAUGAUGAUGAUGAUGAUGAAGAUGAAGAUGAAGAUGAAGAUGAAGAUAGUAAAAUAGAAAUUGUUUUCACCAAUGAUAUACCUGAAACUACUAGAACCUUAAAAAAAAAUAAUAAAAAACAAGUAUCAUUUAAUAACGAUGUUCAAAUUAAAGAAUUUGUACCAAGGCCUGGUGAACAUUUCAUUCGUCGAAGAGAAGAAACCACAACUGAAUCUAAAAGUCCAAACUUAAUUGUUACGGAAAUAGAUGACAUUGUGGAAAGAGUUUCUGACACAUGUCUGGAUAAUGAAACUGAUGAUCAAGAAGAAAAUACAAGACCCGUUAGUAGAUUUAAAUCCAACCGAAGAAAUAGGUAGGAACAAUAAAAUUAAAUAUCAGAUGUGUAUACAUAUAUAUUGUUUUUUAUUUGGUUAAUUUAAGCAGCUAAUAAAGCUAUUGUAUACAUCAUAAUAUAUUUGUAU